AUGAAGGCCAUCGUUGCAGAUCGCGGCAUCAUCAACAGGUUUGCGAAUUUGGCGUCGGGCAAAUCCAUCGGACGGGGCACCAAGAUAAAAGAAGUUCCAAAGCCGACCAUUUCAAGCCGGGAAGUUCUGAUCAAGGUUCGGGCCACCGCGAUAAACCCAAUCGACUACAAGUUCAUCGAUUUCAUCGCUCCAGCAGGAAGCCUCACCGGCUGCGACUUUGCCGGUGAGGUAGUCGAGGUCGGAGCGGAUGCACCAGGAGACUGGCGAGUGGGCGAUCGUGCAGCUGGAUUCGUGCAGGGCGGAGUCAGCAGCGACUAUGGUGCAUUCGCCGAGUACGUCAAAGCUGAAGCAGACCUGGUGUGGAAGGUCCCGGCGGGACUGAGCGACCAGGAAGCGGCAACUUACGGUGUGUCAGCCGUGACGGCCAUGCAGGCCCUUAACCUUCAUCUGGGCGUUCCUUGGGUGGACGAAAUCACGGAUACGAAUACGGCGGAAAGGAAAGGCGCCCCAAUCUUCAUUUACGCCGGGUCCAGCACCGUGGGCCUGUUCGCCAUCCAGAUCGCAAAGAAAGCCGGCUACACAGUUGUCACCACUGCGUCGCCCCACUCCUUCGACCUGGUCAAGCGCUAUGGUGCAGACGAUGUUUUUAACUACCGAUCGGAUACGGCUAUCCGCGACAUCACAAAAGCCUUCCCUGACAUCACGGCUGCUUUGGACUGUUUUUCUGAAGGCAGCUCGACCGAUUUCUGCGCCAACGUUAUCAAAAAGAGGGGCGGAAAAGUCAUUACGCUCCUCGACAGUGGCAAGACGAAAGUGCCUGGUGUCGAAGUUCAGAUGAUAAUGUCCUUCCAACUGUUGGGCCGAUCUUUUGCCUGGCUCCCACCAAUUGGUCCGAAAUACCCGGCUUCGGAAAAAGAUCGCCAGGCCCUCGCUCGUUUCUACGCUAGUCUGCCGAACCACGUCGGUGAUAUCAAGCCUCCGCCACUGAAGGUGCUAGACGGCAAUUUUGACAGGAUUACGGAAGCAUUGGACCAGCUCCGAGCGGGAAAGGUGUCAGGCUCUAAGCUUGUUGUAAAAUAUUCUAACUGA